AUGGCCAUGGGCCCAAUGGCCUUGGGCGACUUGGUGGGCCAGGAGCUCUUCUGGAAACAGCGCAAGGCGGCCGGGGACAUGAAGAAGCAGACCAAGACCUACUACGGCCCCUACGAGUUGACUGACUGGCUCUGUGAGCAGGGACGUUUUGGCCUGAAGACGCCAGAUCCCAAGAUCAAGGCAAACGGUCGGGGUAUCUUCAUCCACCGCGGCCGCAGCAAGGAGGUGGAUCCCGAGGUGGUUGCCAAGCUGGAUGAGGUUCGCAAGAUGAAGGGAGUGACUCCACGGGCAGUUAGCGACGAGGAGAUUUGCGAGAGGCUGUUCUUCUCCAUGAUCAACGAAGGCUUCAAGAUCCUUGAGGAAGGCUAUGUGGCGCGGUCCUCGGACAUCGACUUGGCCUACAUCUAUGGCUAUGGCUUCCCACCGGCCAAGGGCGGCCCCAUGUUCUACGCGGAGAACUACGCAGGGUUCAAGAAGAUCUUGGAGCGUGUGAAGUACUACAAUCAGCAGGCUAAGGACCGCUUCACAAAGAACUCGAAUUACCUGCCGAUCGACUACUUUGAGCCUUCCAAGCUCCUGGAAGCGUGCGCCGCCAAGGAGGGCACCAAGGUCUUCCCUGGCCAGACCCUGAUCGAUGUGGUGCUAGCCGAGUUCCGGAAACAGAACUCUGAACGGCCAAGCUACAUUGAUAGUGCCGAUGCUGUUGCGGCCAUUCUCGCUUUUGUAGUCGAAGCGAGCGAAGAUCAAGCGGACGGGAAGAAGCAAACCUGGGACCCGAAGCUGGUUUUGGAAACCCUGGCAGACUUCAAGAAGCAUCUUCGACGUACCUAUGGCAGCUACUUGCGAGCCUGGCGGAUGCUGGCAAAGUUCUUUGGCGCGCUUUUGGCAGGGCAGCUGGUGCAGCAGUUGGGUGGUGUAAACGCAGCCUUCCGUGUUUUCGACAAAAAGGACGUGAAGCGCAUCAAGAUGCCGGAGUUCAUCUCGACCCUGAACUCCUUGGAUUCGUCGUUGCCGGCCAAGCAGCUAUUUUACGGCCUGGACACGGAUGCGAACGGGCGUUUGGAAAUUGAAGACUUCAGAUUCCUGGAGAAGUGGAAGCUUCCAGAAUUUCUGAUUGCCAGCCCCAACGAGGAGGCAAAGGAGGAGGUGAAGCGGGACUUGCUUGCAACCUACAAGACUUACUUGAAGGCUUGGCGCCUUGCCCUUGACGACAACAACUCCAACAGGUGCACCUGGCCAGAGUUCCAGUCCGCCUGCAGGAAGGUGAAUUUCACAGGCGAUGUUGCAGGGGCGUGGCGUGCUUUGGAUACAGACCUCUCGGGCAGCAUCACUCUCCAGGAGGUAGACUAUGAGUCUUCUGCCACCCUUGCCACCUUCAAGAAGUGGGCCGAUGACAACUUCGGUGGAAUCCGCUCUGCUUUCAUGGUAUUUGACAGCGAUGGCUCAAAUGGCGUAACGCUUCGGGAAUGGCGUCAUGCUUGUCGGAUCUACGGCUUCCAUCAGGGUGCUGCCAGCCUCUUCAAGCAGUUGGAUGCCGAGGGCACGGGCUCGCUGGCGUUGGACCAGGUAGCCUUCCUGGAUGAUUGGGAUUUUCAGCCAGAGAAGACCUCGAUGUCCACUACACCAUCGCAGCAUGUACAGGUGCGCACAGAGCGGCCAUGUCAGGGGAAGCGACAGCUAAGCAGUGCGCGUGACUCGUUCGCAGCUGAGGAAGACCGUGGUGGUGCUCGCACUGCCGGGCACGUGGGCCAUGCCGCCAUUUCGCUCGCGCUGACGGCGUGCGCUCGCUGGCCCCGCGAGAGCCUCAAAGGAGUUGACAAGGCUCAGCAGGCUCAGCUGGUACUCCCGGUACCGUUGGCUGCGGGAGCGGAUCAAGCCAUGUUCAACAAGGCGGCCGCACACAAGCCGCUCGACAUGGACAUGGAAUUGGCUACACCAAUUCUGCACCCGUUGGGGUCUAUAACCUUCCCGGAGCUGACACACUCACAGAGGUCCAAUGUGCAGCUCCUGGCACUGCAGUAUUUCCCUAUGGGCACAUGGGACUUUCCCCUGCCCUUCAUGGCGUCCCCCUCGCGGCAGCAUCUGCUCUUGCAGGCAGUUGCUCUCACUUGCUCUUGCAUGCCUGGGUCAAUAUUGCAUAAUUGUCUGCAUUUGGGCCUGCUAGCAACCAAGCACUCGUGGCCAAAUCCAGCCGGUCAACACAACUGCCAUCUGCUGCUUUGCAGCCAAGAAGCCAAACAGCUCGCCAGGCAGUUUAACGGGCCCGCAAGGAGAAGCCUGAAGUAUGUGUGUAGUUGCCCAGUUGUACAAAUUGAAGCUUGA